AUGCCGUCGGGAAAGGAUUUGGGUUGUGGAGACUCAAGAAAGAGAGGUCAUAAUGCCGAAGAUUGUCCAAAGGAGGACAAGUUUUCCCAAGAGUCGUUUGGGACAGAAGGAACGCAACUUGACGAGAAUAGAGAAUUGGGACAUUUGUCGAAGGACUCUGAAUCCUCGGAAGAAACAACAGAUGAUUAUCCAAGUGAAAUUCUGGAAGACAUAAGCAUAGAAGAAAAUACUGAAUACCUAGAGGAAAUAAUGACCGGCCACCCAAGCAAGGAUCUGGAGAAACUCCUCGACAAUGACGAAACCCUAAUGACAGAAAAUAAGAGAAACAACAAUGUUAACGAGGGAGAAGGUAACACUGGAGAAUGUCUCGAAGAAAAGACAAUACUUAUAAGAGCAGACCCUGUGACAAAAAAGAGCGACCAACCAUCACGAAUAAUCGCUUGUCAAGGAAUUCCCAAAUUCGGAGGUGAUGACUGGAAAUCGAACACCAUCAAUAUGACACCUGCACCAUCACAGUCCGACAUCAUCUGGUCAAUUGAAGUAAAGAUCAAACACAAAUGGAAAAAUAAGAUGAUCGAUGACCUAACCUCUUAUCAACAACCGGCACUUGCUGACAGACUGUUAUAG